GUGAGAAGCCAUUCAAAUGUGAGUAUGCUGGCUGCGACCGAAGAUUUGCGAACUCAUCGGAUAGAAAAAAACAUUCGCAUGUCCACACGUCGGAUAAACCUUAUAACUGUCGCGUCCAUGGCUGCGAUAAGUCGUACACGCACCCAUCGUCUCUACGGAAACAUAUGAAGGUGCACGGUGCCACUGGGGACGCCUCGCCGCGGUACGACAGUGACGGAGACGAUUCCUCCUCGGCUGGCAGUGUUAGUGUAACAGCCGGUGCAGCCAGUCCUGUUGCUCCUCCUCCUCCACCAAUUACGUCAGGCCCAACGCACCACCCACACCAUCAUCCUUCUAUAGCAGAUAAAUUAGAAAGCCUAAACGAAAAGUACCUCAACCCACAUGACCAAAAACCAUACGAACGCCCACCGGCUCCACCUCAUCAACAUCAAUCUCCGCAUUUAACAAAUAUCGGAGGAAAUGGUGUAAUGGACAAUAAAAUAGGUUUCGGCGGUCACUGGAGCCAGUUCCAGCAGCCGGCGGCGACGAUGCCUCACGGUGUGCCCGAGUGGUGGUGCCCGACGCAAGAGUCGUAUCACCACCAUCAUUUGAUGCAUCACUCGGGCGCCGCGGCCGCCUAUUGACCGCACCGCGCUUAGAGAACUCUUCAUUCGACGGUUAGUUGACAUAAGAACCAAUGCAAAUUCCUAAUAGUCACUUGUAAGUAGGUAGGUUAAAAUAUUUCCGUUUUGUGUUUCAGUGUGAGAACGAAAUUGAUUGAACAAUGUACUUGUAAAUUAACGUGGAAUGAAAAGUUUUUUAAGCGCAACUCGAGUGCUUUUUUAGGAGUACAAUACGCUUAUUAAUUAGUUCAUUAACAUAGUCCGACCAGUAAAUCUUAUACAGCCGUCCGAUGUCUUAGUGAAUCCAGCCACAGUUCUGUCUAUUAAUAUUCAUAAAGACGAUUCAAAAUAUAUUAGGAAGUAAUUAUCAAGGAAAUUAUGCAAAACUUAAAGAUAACUAGUUACUGACUAUUACUGCUAGUUGGAUGUAAUAUUCACAACGCGACAUAUUUUAAUAAACAAAGUGUGUUCACAAGGUUUGGUUGUCGCUUUUGUAUCUUUUAUACCUUAAGGGAAUAAAAA